AUGCAGCUCGCUCACCUCGCCGUUCUCGCUCUGGUAAUCGCUAGUGUUCAAGCCAUUUGUAACGACGCAGGCGAUGUCUGGGGCGCGGAACUAGACCAGGUGGUCGACAACCUGGACGCAGCAUACAAGUCCACGUGCCGCAAGUCUGGGGCUUCAGGGAAAUUAUUUGGCUUCCACGUCUCACGCACUGGACUCCAAAUGAGAACGUUGCGCCAUGCAGAGUGCGUCUGGCACCUUGCUAAUGAGGUUUACGGCUGUCGUCGUGGCGGCAUGACGACUGUCCUGGGAUGGUAUUUCAGGUAA